AUGGCAUGCAAAUUGAAACAAUUGACAGUAGUUGAAAGUAAAUUAGAUGUUCAAUUGACAAAAAGCGCGCGGUAUAUUCGGGUUCCGUUUGAACGAACUUUGCAACUGCGAAACUUCCUGUGACUCGUUUUAUAACCUGUGUUAUCGUUAAAAAAUAAAUUGCUAGUACUUUUUAAAGAUUUAUAUAGUUGAUUUUAUAAAUAAUGAAAAAAAGGUAAAAGACAAUAAUAAACCGAUAUAUAUUUAUUAAAUAACGUACAUUUAUUUAUUUAUUGAAAUAUAUUUACAUUUUCUUAACAUAGAUUAUCGCGCGAAUGAAUGACAUCGUGUGUUUGUAUCUUAUGUCGUGAUUUCUUGUGUAGAAUAUAAAACAGUUUUAUAUUCUACAUCUACUCUAAUCGGCAUGUUCAUGUUGAGCAUUACUUUCACGCCAUGUAUUUUGAAUUAAUUCUACAAAUUGUUGCCACCACCUGCUUUGCGAGGUAAAGUAUAAAGCACAUGCAGUGAUGAAGAUCCAUGACAAGACUAGACAAUAAUCUGUUUCAUUGUAAGGUGUGCUAGAAACAGGGCCAGCAAAAUCCAGUGAUGUAACAUAUAAUGAUCCAUUUGGUUGUAAAUUAGUUAUUUGCGUUAUAAAUUUUGCGAAAGCUUCAAGGUAAAUCUCCCGCGAUGCCGCUAUCAAGCUUGCUGCAUUCGAGUAUAUUCCACGCACCGCCGGAAGAAGAAAGAAAGAAAGACUUAAGAGUAGGAGUCCGCAGCGCGUAUCUAGCCACUUUCAUUGUUAUUCUACCUUACACCAAAGACACGAAUAUUCUCUGGCAAAAAAAUUGCAAAAUCGGCAUUAGAGUACCGGUUAACGGAGCGCGAAAGCACCAGCAGAUGAAAUCAACAUCAAAUCGCGCAUUAGCAUACAAAAAUAGCGGUGCUGGCCUUAUUCGCCUUGCCGACUUGGAUUCAUACGUUCCUUCUAAACAAUAA